ACAUUGGCAGCUUCGGGCUUCCGUACACGUGCGCCCUCACUUAAAUCUUGCCCUAGGGAGUCGUCCACAUUGCUCACAGCAAAAGCCGGCCCUUGCAACAAGGCGUAUUGUAGUGAGGGCCUGCUUGGCUGUAAAGGAGCACUGAGCGGAAUUUGCUCAGCGGCCUGACAGCAGCAAGUCUCCGCCCCCUUGAAGUGGAUGUGAAAAGCAGAUCUCUGCCACUCUGACAUACAGGAAGAAGUUCAAUAAGCUUGACAGAAGACGCCACUUCUUUCAAGAAGUUCGUGUGAAAUACAAAUACACGUCCUUUGCGCUACUUGAAUCGGCCCACUGAUGAAGUCGAACAUGAAGAGGGAAAGUUGAUGAUCUGGACGAGCGCCGCAACGCGUGGAUUACUUCAAGCAAGACAUGGGGGCAAUGGAGGAGGCAGGACGAGUUUGAAGCAGAUCUUCACGUCUCCAAAAUGUCAGAGCACAGAUCCAGUUUCCUUCACAUUGGAGACAUCGUGUCUCUCUACGCGGAAGGCUCGGUGAACGGCUUCAUCAGCACUUUAGGUCUUGUCGACGACAGGUGCGUCGUCCAGCCUGAUGCGGGGGAAUUGGCAAACCCUCCCAAAAAAUUCAGAGAUUGCCUCUUCAAGGUGUGUCCCAUGAACAGGUACUCUGCCCAGAAGCAAUUCUGGAAGGCGAAACAAGGAAAACAAGGGAGCAACACGCAGGCAGACCUAUUCAAGAAGUUACAGCAUGCAGCAGAGCUUGAGCAGAAGCAGAAUGAGUCCGAAAAUAAGAAGCUCCUCGGAGAAGUUGUUAAAUACAGUAAUGUUGUACAGCUCCUGCACAUCAAGAGUAACAAGUACUUGACAGUGAACAAGCGUCUCCCUGCCUUGCUGGAAAAAAAUGCCAUGCGAGUUUCUCUGGACCCAGCUGGGAACGAGGGCUCCUGGUUCUACAUUCAGCCUUUCUGGAAGCUGCGCAGUGAAGGAGACAACGUGGUGGUUGGAGACAAGGUGGUGCUGAUGCCGGUGAACGCAGGGCAGCCUCUUCAUGCCAGUAAUAUUGAGCUCCUCGACAACGCUGGCUGCAAAGAGGUUAAUGCCGUCAGCUGCAACACGAGCUGGAAGGUCACAUUGUUCAUGAAGUUUAGCGACUACAAGGAAGACAUCCUGAAAGGGGGAGAUGUGGUGAGGCUCUUCCACGCAGAGCAGGAGAAGUUUCUGACCUGUGACGACUACAAGAAAAAGCAGCAUGUCUUCCUCCGUACCACACUACGACAGUCCGCCACCUCUGCCACCAGCUCCAAAGCUCUCUGGGAAGUUGAGGUCGUUCACUAUGACCCCUGCAGAGGUGGGGCUGGCCAGUGGAACAGUUUGUUCCGCUUCAAGCACCUCGCUACUGGCAAUUACCUCGCAGCUGAGGAAAACCCUGAAUUCAAAGUCAAAACAUUGGAGCCCAAGGGAGAGGAUGAGACGGACUCUGUAUAUUGCAAGAGAAAGCAUCAGGCAGCAGACAAGAUUGCUUUUACACUGGUUUCUGUCAAACAAGGCAAUGACAUCGCCUCUCUCUUUGAGCUGGAUGCCACCACGCUGCAGCGCGCUGACUGUUUGGUGCCCAGAAACUCUUAUGUGAGGCUGAGGCACCUGUGCACCAACACAUGGGUGACCAGCACCAAUGUGCCCAUUGACGCAGAAGAGGAGCGUCCAGUCAUGCUCAAGAUUGGCACCUGUUCCACUAAAGAGGAUAAGGAAGCUUUUGCGAUUGUAUCCGUUCCCCUGUCCGAAGUGAGAGACUUGGAUUAUGCCAACGAUGCCAGCAAGGUCCUUGAGGCUACCGUGAGGAAGCUUCAAUAUGGCAACAUUGCUCAAAAUGAGAGAAGGUUUGUGACUAAGCUGCUGGAAGACCUGGUUUUCUUUGUAUGUGUGGUUCCAAACAAUGGCCAGGAGGUUCUGUCCGUGGUCACUUCUACACCCAACCGAGAGAGGCAGAAACUGAUGAGAGAACAAAACAUCCUCGCUCAGAUCUUUGGUAUCCUGAAGGCUCCAUUCACAGACCAAGGUGAUGGCCCCAUGUUGAAGUUGGAGGAUUUGGGAGACCAGCGCUACUCCCACUUUAAAUAUAUGCUGAGACUCUGCUACAGAGUGCUGCGACACUCCCAGCAGGACUAUCGCAAAAACCAGGAGUAUAUAGCAAAAAAGUUCUCAAUCAUGCAGUCUCAAAUUGGGUAUGAGAUUCUGGCUGAGGAUACCAUCACUGCUCUGCUGCACAACAACCGCAAGCUGCUGGAAAAGCACAUCACAGCGAAAGAAAUUGAGACAUUUGUCAGCCUUCUAAGACGGAAUCGAGAACCCAGAUUCUUGGAUUAUCUCUCAGAUCUGUGUGUGUCCAAUAAGACCGCCAUCCCUGUCACACAGGAGCUUAUUUGCAAAUUUAUGCUCAACCCCGCCAAUGCGGAUAUCCUUAUCCAGACAAAACUAAUCCCUAAUACCGAGACACCCCUGGAGUCCUCUUUGAUGCAGGAAGACGGGGAAGAGGAGGAGGUUUGGCUCUAUUGGAUCGACAGCCACAAGGAGCCUCAUGGCAAAUCCAUCCGCCAUCUGGCUCAGGAUGCUAAAGGCAACCAUAAGAUGGAUGUAGAUAUCAUCACUUACUACAGGUAUCAGCUGAACCUGUUUGCUAAAAUGUGCCUGGACCGUCAGUAUCUUGCCAUCAAUCAGAUCUCCGCUCAGCUUCCUGUGGAUCUCAUCUUGCGCUGCAUGUUUGAUGACUGUCUGCCCUUCAACCUGCGAGCCUCCUUCUGUCGCCUCAUGCUUCAUAUGCAUGUGGACCGGGACCCACAAGAAGCUGUGGUUCCUGUGCGCUAUGCGCGCCUCUGGACCGAGAUCCCAUCCAAGAUCACCAUCCAUGAAUUUGAAUACGAGUCAGCAGAUUCCUCGAGAGAGGAGAUGAAGAGGAAGUUUGCUCCCACCAUGGAGUUUGUUGAAGAGUAUCUCAAGGAUGUGGUCAGCCAGCCUUUUCCAUUUGGGGAAAAAGACAAGAAUGAGCUGACUCUAGAGGUGGUGAAUCUCGCUCGUAACCUGGUUUACUUUGGUUUCUACAGCUUUAGUGAACUCUUGCGACUCACCCGCACUCUACUGGCCAUACUGGACAUAGUUCAACACCCGCUCACUUUCAUGAACAAGCUCACCAAAAGUCCAGAGGCUGGUAACAAUGUUCUGCGCACGAUCCACGGCGUUGGAGAAAUGAUGACCCAGAUGGUGAUGAGUCGAGGUGUGCCACAAGGCCUGCCCGACACGCCUACUUCACUGCGCUACGGCAAAGGACACAUGCUUCUGGACAAUGAGGACGUCAUGGUGAUGGACACCAAGCUAAAGAUCAUCGAGAUCCUUCAAUUCAUCCUGAGUGUGAGACUGGAUUACAGGAUCACAUAUUUGUUGUCCAUCUAUAAGAAAGAGUUUGGAGAGAAGAGCAUAUCCGAGAGUGCCGCUUCUCAAACUGACAUGCUCCUGAUGAUGACACCUUCCGAGCCAGACAUUGAUGAGAUUGCGACCAAAGCAGAGAGCAUGUUUGCUGGGAGCUCCGAGUUAAGCGCAGUGGAGCUUGACGAUGAAGGUGGCCGAACGUUUCUGAGGGUUCUGGUCCAUCUCAUGAUGCAAGACUAUCCUCCAUUGGUGUCUGGGUCACUGCAGCUCAUCUUCAAGCACUUCAGUCAGCGAGCUGAAGUGCUACAGGCCUUCAAACAGGUCCAGCUAUUAGUGUCAGAGCAAGAUGUGGAGAACUACAAGCAGAUCAAGGCCGACUUGGACCAACUGCGUCUUACUGUUGAAAAAUCAGAAUUGUGGGUGGAGAAGAAUGGAGUCUACAAUGGUGAAGAUCUUGGUGUCAGACAGGGCAAAGAACAAAACAUCGAGGAGACUGGGCUGAGCGCAGUUCACGAUGGGAACAAUAAACCUCAAAUAGACAGCAACAAGGAAAACAACUACAACAUUGUCAAAGAGAUCUUGCUACGGCUCAGUAAACUGUGUUACCAUGGUAAAAAGAUCCGUACACAGCAGCAGCGGCUUCUGAAGAACAUGGGGGCACACACAGUGGUGCUGGACCUCCUUCAGAUCCCCUUUGAAAAAAGUGAUGAUAAGAUGAAUGAGAUCAUGACCCUGGCACAUGCUUUCCUGCAGAACUUCUGCAGAGGGAACCAACAGAACCAAUUUCUGCUCCAUAAACACCUCAAUCUCUUCCUCACUCCAGGGUUACUGGAAGCCGAAACAAUGCGCCACAUCUUUAUGAAUUACUACCAGCUGUGCAAUGAAAUCAGUGACCGGGUUGUGCAUCACUUUGUCCACUGCAUUGAAACGCACGGACGUCAUGUUCUGUACUUGAAGUUCCUGCAAACCAUUGUGAAAGCUGAAGGAAAGUAUGUGAAGAAAUGUCAGGACAAAGUUAUGACUGAGCUCGUGAACGGGGGCGAGGAUGUCCUGGUGUUCUACAAUGACCGCUCCUCAUUUCCAGUCUUACUUCAGAUGAUGGGCUCCGAGCGUGAGCGCACUGAUGAAGAUGGAGCUCUGGCUUACCACAACACGCUUGUGGAGCUGCUUGCUACUUGCACUGAGGGCAAGAACGUCUACACGGAGCUGAAAUGUAACUCUCUGCUUCCACUGGAUGACAUCAUCAAAGUUGUCACCGAUGUCAACUGCAUCCCGGAGGUGAAAACUGCGUAUGUGAACUUUGUCAAUCACUGUUAUGUAGACACCGAGGUAGAAAUGAAAGAGAUCUACACCUCCAAUCAUAUCUGGAAGCUGUUCGACAACAUCCUGGUUGAUAUGUCCAGAGUGUGUAACACGACCACAGACCGGAACCAUGCCGAUUUGGCCCUUGAAAAGUAUGUGACAGAGACAGUGAUGGCCAUUGUCACGGGAUUCUUUAGUUCACCAUUUUCUGUGAACCACUCCAACCUUCAGACAAACCAAUCCAUCUUCAUCAAGCUGCUCCAGUCAGCUUUUAGGCUCUACAACUGCACAUGGAUUAGUCAGAAGGCAAGUAUUGAGAACUGCAUCAGGACACUUGCUGAUGUUGCCAAGGCGAGGGCAAUAGCAAUCCCAGUUGACCUGGACAGUCAGGUCAACACGCUGUCUCUAAAGGUCCAUAGCAACAUGGUUCAGCGCGCAGCAAAGGACUGGAGGAGCUCUGCGCGCACGCGGCCCCGCAAGGAGCACCUGGGCGGCCCUGACUACAAGACCAUCAUUGAAAAGUUGCAGGGUGUUGUGUCCCAUUUGGAAGAGCAGUUCAGUCCGAUGGUUCAGGCCGAGUUUUCCGUGCUGGUGGAUGUUCUCCACAGUCCUGAGCUGCUGUUUCCUGAGGCCGCUCGCCUGCGUUGUGAGAGUGGAGCUUUCAUGUCAAAGCUUAUCAAACACACCAAGAAGCUGAUGGACAAAGAGGAAAAGCUUUGCAUCAAGAUCCUGAAGACACUCAGAGAGAUGCUGGACAAAAAGGACUGGUUUCAGGAGUCUGGAAAGGAGUUGAGAGAGAUUCUCCUCACUCGCUACUUUGGAAAUCAAAGACUGAUUUCGAAGUCCGAGAGCGGGAGUGGAAACAGCUCCCAUGCUUGUUUUCCCAAGCCAACAUUUGGAGGAGGUUCGCUCACAGCGGACUUUGACAAGCCAUGCAGUAGCGUAAUGGAGAUCCAGUGUCAGCUGGACAGCGUUGGGGCAUCUGAGCUAGUGAUUGACCUUAUUGUCAACACUAAGAAUGACCAAGUGUUUGAGGAGAGUGUUCUUUUGGGGAUCGCCCUUCUGCAAGGCGGAAAUACACAGAUCCAGGAUUCCUUCUACAGUCAACUAUACAAGCAGAAGAAGUCGGAGAGGUUCUUUAAGGUCUUCUACGACCGCAUGCGUUUGGCCCAGCAGGAGAUCCGUGCCACCGUGUCCGUCAACAUGUUUGAGCUCAGCUGCAGAAAGAGGGAUGACGAGACUGACUUUGGUUGUGUCGGAUUCAGGAAAGGGAAAGACUCAGGACUUCAUAUGAGGGAGGACAUGCGAGGGCAACUUAAAGAGGCUUCGUCUGUGACCUCUAAGGCUUUCUGUGCUUUCCGAAAAGAGCUGGAUCCGGAUCUUGAAGCCUUGUGCCAGAACAGUGACAUGAAAGGGGCUGAAGAGGCCUUAGAGGAGACUCGCAUGAGCCAAGCCAUCACUAUUAUGAAACCAAUCUUACGCUUCCUGCAGCUUCUCUGUGAGAACCACAAUUGUGAUCUGCAGAACUAUUUGCGCUCACAGAACAACAAAACCAACUACAAUCUAGUAUGUGAGACACUUCAGUUUCUGGACUGUAUUUGUGGGAGCACCACUGGAGGCCUUGGGCUACUUGGCCUUUACAUAAACGAGAGUAAUGUUGAUCUCGUUCGUCAAACUUUGGAAACCAUCACUGAGUACUGCCAGGGCCCCUGCCAUGAAAACCAGACAUGUAUCGCCAAACAUGAGUCAAAUGGUAUUGACAUCAUUAUAGCGCUGAUUGUAAACCCCAUCAACCCACUGGGGAAGAACCGCCUGGACCUGGUUUUGGAGCUGAAGAAUAAUGCAUCCAAACUCCUGUUGGCCAUCAUGGAGAGCCGCCAUGACAGCGAGAACGCGGAAAAAAUUCUCUUCAAGAUGAGACCCACUGAGCUUGUGGACGUCAUGAAAGAGGCCUAUGGCCAAGCUCUGGAAAGUGAGGAGGAUGAAGACAGUGCUCCAGACCACAUCAAACCAUUGGAUGUUGGUCAUAACAUUUAUAUACUAGCCCACCAGCUGGCUCGACACAAUAAGAUUCUGCAGCAGAGCCUGAGGCCAGGGUCAGGUGUGGGGUCUGGAUCAAGCUUGGAUCCUGACAAUGACGAAAAGGACGAUGCCCUUCAAUACUAUGCCAAUCACACAGCUCAAAUUGAGAUUGUGCGUCAUGACCGUACCAUGGAGCAGAUUGUAUUUCCAGUCCCCAACAUCUGUGAGUACCUGACCCAGGAGUCGAAAAUGCGUGUGUUCACCACCACUGAACGAGAUGACCAGGGCAGCAAGGUCAAUGACUUCUUUCAGCAGUUUGACAAUCUCUACAAUGAGAUGAGUUGGCAGAAGAAAAUCCGAAAAAAUAAGGCUUUGUUUUGGUUCUCACGCCAUAUCUCUCAUUGGGGGAGUAUCUCAUUCUACCUGGCCUGCCUGCUCAACAUCUGUGUGGCUGUAUUCUACCCAUUUGGAGAUGAUGGAGACGAAGGGAUUUUAUCCUCUUUCAACUGUGUUUUGCUGUGGGCGGCAUUGUCAGCUUCCAUUGCUUUACUUCCAGUGCUACCCAAACCAUGGGGCAUCCUUUUCUUCCUGGUCUUCCUCAUUUUACGUGCAAUUUACACCAUGGGUCUCGGUCCUGCUUUGUUGCUACUGGGCACUGUCAAUUUGUUCAACAAGUUAGUUUUCUUGGUGAGCUUUGUGGGAAACCAAGGGACGUUCACCCGUGGUUAUAAAGCUGUCGUUAUGGACAUGCUUUUCAUCUACCAUCUGGGCUACGCAAUCAUCUGUGUUCUAGGUCUCUUUGUGCACGAGUUCUUUUACAGUUUUCUGCUCUUUGACCUGGUAAUCAGAGAGGAAACACUGCUUAAUGUCAUCAAGAGUGUGACAAGGAAUGGACGCUCCAUUAUCCUCACCGCAGUUCUGGCCAUCUUUCUUGUCUACUUUUUCUCAAUUAUUGGCUUUCUCUUCCUCAAAGAUGACUUCCGCAUGGAAGUGGACCGUCUGUCUGCAUCAGGACAUGGACAUUUAUUAACUAAACCACUGAUGGAAGAUUCAUGUCCGAAUGAGAGAUGCCGUGUUUCCAUUAAAACUGCUGCUGAUGAAGACGAAGGGACAGAGAGGGUGUGCGACACGCUGCUUAUGUGCAUUAUCACCGUUUUGAACCAAGGACUACGUAAUGGUGGUGGUGUUGGCGAUAUCUUGAGAAGACCCUCCAAAGAGGAACCGCUGUUUGCGGCCCGCGUGGUUUACGACCUGCUGUUCUUCUUUGUUGUAAUCAUCAUUGUUCUCAACCUCAUCUUUGGCGUCAUCAUCGACACUUUUGCGGAUUUAAGGAGUGAAAAACAAAGGAAAGAGGAGAUUCUGAAAACCACCUGUUUCAUCUGCGGUUUGGAAAGGGACAAAUUUGACAACAAGACGGUGUCCUUUGAAGAGCACAUAAUGUAUGAGCACAAUAUGUGGCAUUACCUUUACUUCUUGGUUCUGGUGAGAGUGAAGGAUCCCACCGAAUACACUGGUCCAGAAAGCUACGUUGCCCAGAUGAUAGCGGAAAAGAACUUGGAGUGGUUCCCCCGAAUGAGAGCCAUGUCUCUGGUGAGCAACGAGGGGGAUAACGAGCAGAAUGAGAUGCGAUUGCUGCAGGAGAAACUGGAGAGCACCGUCACGCUGGUUGCGCAGCUCUCCGCUCAGCUGUCUGAGCUCAAGGAGCAGAUGACCGAGCAGAGGAAGCACAAGCAGAGGCAAGGAUUAUUGGGUCCGCCGCAGAAUAACCACCACAUCUCAAAUCACUGAGGGUCUCAGAGCCCAAACUGGACACGAUGGACGGAAUACCCACUGUUUGGAAAAAUGCAUACCUGCAGUUACUUCAUCAAUGGUUGACAGUUGAUUAGUCGCAAAGUGCCUUUUGUAUGACAGCGCUGUUGUUUCUGGGCCACAUCCUCACACCGGUGUGCCGUUUGGGGCAAACUACAAGUUGCCUGCACACUUGCACACAGAGUGGGGCGACUCUGUGAAUGAUUGGGCAGACUUGCCGCGCAUGUGCUGGUUGUGGCGUUCGAGUGGCCCACAGAGGGUGAAGGGAACUGUUCUGGUCAGAUUAGUUCUUUGCUGUCUCAGCCCUCAUCACACCUUCGUUUUCUUAAUGUCGUCAGAUCAGAAAGUGGACUACUGGUACCGAGGUCCGUGCUUAGCCGUGAGCUAGGAAAGUGUCCUUAUCUCUUUUAGAUUUCUGGUCAGAGCUUUUUAAAAACUGGAGUAUUAUUUUGUAUGUUUUAAUUACAUUUUUGAGUUGGAAUCUUUGCUGCCUUAACCAUGUUUUAAAACUGGAUUAUCAUUUGUUGCAAAUGCACUUUUUCCAUACAAAAGGGAGAAACCUGGCCAGUUUGGGGUGAUUGCCUUCGACUGUGAUGCAUUUACUGCACCACUUUUUUUUUCUUUCCCGUUCAGCCAGAUUUCCACACAGUAACAAUUGAAUGUGAAUAAAGUUGAUACUUAUGACUUGAAAAUGGUUUUACUUCUAAAUCGUACAUGGGCAUAGCAUGUAGUAAUGACUGGAGACAAAUAAAUGCGAUUUUUUUUUUUUUAUUGGGUCAUCAACAAAGUGACAUACAAUAAAUGUGUGUCCUCAUCUACUCUUUCUUGAACUUUGUGUUUGUUUAAAUAAAGUAUAUCUAGAUAUUUAAAUGUGA